UCGCACUGUGUUUGAUUCAAUAAAAUCCUUGAAAUGCCCUUGCUCGUUUAGCAGAAGUGUCAUUUUGUUAAACCUCGGCGGUCCUCUAUAACCAGUGAUUUAUAGCAGUGCAUGCAAUUGGAAUUCAUUUGUUUGUUGUUGUUUCUGUAAUUUAAAAAAUAAUUAAAUAAAUAAUUAUGCCGGAAAAAUUAGGACAGCAGGAGCUGUAUAACAGGCUCGCCAAAUCUGACAGCGGUUCUUUGUUGAAAAAGCAUUUAACUCCAUCCGUGUAUGAUAAGCUGAAAAACAAAGUUACAAGUUUUGGAGGAACUUUAUCGGAUUGUAUACGAUCUGGAUGCAUGCACUUGAAAAGUCACUGCGGAAUUUAUGCCAGCGACCCUGAUGCCUACGACACAUUUUCUGAUGUAUUCUAUCCAGUUAUUCUUGAUUACCAUAAAGUAAAAAAACUUGAACAUCCUGCCCCAGAUUUCGGUGAUCUCGACAACCUUGGCUUUGGUGACCUUGACCCCAAGGGGCAAUUCAUUAACUCAACAAGAAUCAGGGUAGGCAGAAGUCACGCUAAUUAUGGAUUCCCGCCAACUACAUCGAAAGAGGACCGUAUUGAGAUGGAAAAAAUGACGGUGAAUGCCCUGAGAACUCUGCGAGGAGAACUUGCAGGCAAAUACUUCCCCCUUCAAGGUAUGACUCCGGAGGUACAAAAACAAAUGACCGAGGACCAUUUCCUGUUCAGAGAUGAUGACCCCGUAUUGGGCGAUGCUAACGGUUACGAUGACUGGCCGGUCGGUCGUGGUAUCUUCUUCAGCAAUAACAAGAAGUUUCUUGUCUGGAUAAACGAGGAAGAUCAUCUCCGUAUCAUCUCAAUGCAAAGUGGCGGGAAUCUCGCCGAGGUUUGGCAGAGACUAGUCAAGGGAUUACAAGCUCUGGAGAAGAAGUUGACAUUCGCCCACCACCCAAAAUUCGGUUACCUGACAUUUUGUCCAACCAAUCUUGGUACCACUCUUAGAGCUAGUGUGCACAUUCGUAUCCCUAACCUGUCUAAACAGAAGGACUUCAAACAGAUUUGUGAAAAUCUUAACCUCCAGCCAAGAGGUAUACACGGCGAGCACUCGGACAGUGUUGGCGGCGUGUAUGACAUCUCCAACAAGAGGCGUAUGGGACUUUCUGAAAUCGAGGCUGUGCAAGAAAUGAGGAGAGGCGUGGAGAAAAUUAUCGAACUUGAACAAGGUCUUAGUGCCGGUGGCGGAAAGAAGGGCAGAUUGUAAAUCUGAACAAUUUAAAAUAUUUCAAUAGUGUGACAAAAAUUUGCUCAUGUUGAUAAUUUUGACAUAAAUACCAUGAACUGUGUUUUACAACUUUACAGUGUUUUUCUAGAAUUUUUUUCUGAUGGAUCUAUUUAUUUUUUGAGAUAAAGAUGCAAGACCUUA